CAGUGUAUGGUAGGGAGGUCGAGACGGUGAACACAACAUCAGCUGUAAACAUCGAUCCAGUAGACCCAGAUGGACGUCCCCAGCCAGUACUACCCUUGACACACCUCGCCAUGACAGUUUUAUUACCGUCAAGGAAAUAAAUCAACAAUGACAGCUGUGGGAUCCCCCCUGAUAUGGCAGGGGGGGAUGGGCGGGGUCACACUCCGCCCUCAACCCCGUCUAGAUGUGAAAUGGCUGAAGUCAGAUCUACAGAGCCUCCUACAGCCGGACAAUCUGCCUUCAUUAUACAACCAAAUGGUUAAAGAUGGAGAAGUUGCAGGACCUCAUGUUGAAGGCAUCCUUAACUCUGCUGGAGUUACUGCCAGGAAAGGUGAGAGUGGACACUACUAUUGCAGUAUGCGAGUAUUGACUUGUCCCUGCUGUGAUGGUAUAUGUGGGCCACAAAGUGGAUGCAACUGUGGGCCUUGUCAAAAGCUUGAUCGGGAGGAAGCUGAACGAGAACUUGAAAGUGGACAAGGUGCAUCACCUCCUUCGUCAUCCCUCCUUGAUGGCUGGACGUGGGGACCACAACCACAAGGAAAUGGUUUGAAGAAAUGUCUCGAUGCACUUGUCAAGGAACAGCGUCUGAUGUGUUUAGAAGCAGCGUCCACAACACUUUCUGCUAGUCGUCUUCAACAGCGCUUUAUGGUGGCUCAUAGAUAUCUUGUUGCCCUAAAGCGAGCCAGACCACCAGAAACGAAGCCCGGUGAGCCAGUGGGCAAGAAAAAACCUCAGACAGCAAAUGUCUGGGGUGAAGGAAGGGUUGGCAGAGGGGCCGGGGCAGAACGGGCAACUCUUGGAUUGGCUCGAGUUGGAUCAAGAGCCGCACUCAACUUUGCCUUUGCCUUUCUCAGAAGGGCAUGGAGGUCAGGGGAAGAUGCUGACCUCUGCACAGAAUUAUUGCAAGAAUCCCUUGAAGCUUUAGAAACAUUACCUGAAGCAACAUUGUUUGAUGAGUCUACUGUCUCAUCCGUCUGGCUCGAUGUUGUUGAAAGAUCACAAAAGUUCCUCACCUCUGUUGUUCUCAGCCAAGUACCUGGAGGGACAGGCGGGAGCAGUGUGACACGUGUGCCGCUUGGUGAUCGUCACAUGGCACUUUCUCUCCUACUUCACCUGGCACUUCAGCGAGCUACUUUGUCAACCCUGCUAACUGUUAUUACUCUGCUGCUGCAACUGUGGGACUCUGGCAGGAAUCAGGUGGAUAAUCGUGUGAGCAGCCAUGGAACCAGUGCUCCACUCUUGCCAGUACUGCAUAGGUUUGGUGCCAUUCCUCUCCUCAAGACUCAGUCAUCCUCUACCAUCUGGGAUGAAAAUACUCCUAUAGAAGUGAGCCCAACAGAAUGCCUCCUUCGUUAUCUAGAGUUGCCUGAGGAUGAGGACGUGAGUGUAGACCUGGAACAAGCUGCAGUCAUCCUCCUGUGCCAUCUUGAUCGUUUGGCAGCUCCUCACACUCCUCCACUUCAUACACCACAUGGCAGACCCACACAAGGCCAGGAGGUUUUGUCAUGGGGAUGGCUGGCUUGGUCUGGAGUCUCCAGUCAUUCUCGACCUCUCAACUACUGUGACUCUUUGGCAGAGUUGGGCAUCAAGUCAUUAGCAUGUGCUGAGCGCUGCCUACUUAUCCUCACACAGAAGGGCACCAUGUAUAGUUUGUACUAUAACUCAGAGGCUCCAUGCCCUCAACCAGUCCCAGGCCAACCAGAAGAGGAGAUGGUUAAUAUUGCUGCACACCCUGAUGGAAAGCAUUAUUUGGCCCUCACUACUGGUGGUCAGGUAUACUCCUGGGGCAAUGGAGAUGGUGGCCGCCUCGGGCAUGGUGACAGUAGCUCUAGGGAAGCACCAACUCUUGUGCAAGAACUGCAAGGAAAAACAAUAGUGUCCAUUGCUUGUGGAUCAACCUACAGUGCUGCCAUCUCCAACCAAGGAGAAUUGUAUACAUGGGGUCGAGGAAACUAUGGCAGGCUCGGCCAUGGAUCCUCAGAUGACCACAGCACACCCACACUAGUCACAGCUUUAAAAGCUGAACGAGUCCUUGACGUCGCUUGUGGCAGUGGAGACGCCCAGACAAUUGCCGUGACGGACUCUGGUAACGUCUACUCCUGGGGUGACGGAGAUUAUGGCAAGCUCGGACGGGGAGGGUCAGAUGGCUCCAAAGUUCCAAAAUUGGUGGACAAACUGCAGGGUCAGGAGAUUUGUCGAGUGUUCUGCGGUGCUCAGUUUUCUGUGGCUUUGAGCAAAACUGGGUCCCUCUUUACCUGGGGAAAAGGUGACAACCACCGUCUCGGCCACAGCAGCGAAGAACACGUACGCUAUCCAAAACAAGUCAAAGCUUUAACAGGCAAGAAGGUCCGGGAGGUUGGUAUGGGCUGUAUGCACGUAGUGACUCUGACGGAGGACGGGGAGGUGUACGUUUGGGGGCGCAAUGACCAGGCCCAAUUAGGAGACUCCCCACAUGUUGCUCUGGCAGAACCAACACUCAUGUCAUCUCUGCAGGGCAAGAAUAUCAUUGGAAUAGCCUGUGGCCCAUCACAAACUUUUGCAUGGAGUACAAAAAUGUCGUGGUCUGUUUCCAUUCGGAUUCCAUAUGUUGUGGAAGUUUGUGAAGAGACCUUUGUGAGGCUAAAUGACCUCUUGGCUCGUGUUGGAGAAGGACUGGCUGAUGAUCGUAUACCAUCACAGGAGCAGGAGUGUAUGGUAGUGGCAGGGCUCAACCUUCUUAGAUUACAGCUUCACUCGGCUGUACAGAAUCACACUGAUGUUGACACUGUGGCUUUACAUGUGGGAUCAUCACUCUUGGGCAGCCUCAAGCAGAGAGUUGUGAACCUGGCCAGCAGCUCUGGAGUUCUGCCUACAAUACAGGUUGCUGCUCAGGCGACUCUCCAGACAGGCUGGUCUAUUUUACUGCCUACAGCAGAAGAAAGGGCAAAAGCACUCUCAUCUCUUCUCCCAAGUACAGGAUCAGACAUCUCCAGCAUGAGCUCAGGGCGACGAUUCAUGAUUGAUUUACUGGUGUCGAGUUUGAUGGCAGAUGGUGGUUUGGAAAUGGCUCUUGGCGCUGCUAUUAAGUUUGAAGUACAAGAAGCAGAGUGGACCGAGAAGAACAAGGUGGCCCAAAGUAGCACCAUCAGCAGCGGCAACAGUGUGUUGGGGGGGUCCAAUGUGAGCCCCAGGAAGAAUGUGAGGGGUGAGGCUGCCUCUUCUCGCCGCUCUUGUGAUAAUUCUAUGUCAGAUGACCAGUCGGCUACUCUCCCUCUCCUGCAUCUAGUCCGCCAGCUGUUGAGAAAUGCCUCCACUCAGACACUGAUGAGACUACAGGCUAUUGCUCCUGACAGCAUGUCCAUGAUAUCCUCGGCCGUGCUGGUAGAUGGACACAAUGAGCGAAACGGGGCCCUGAUGGGAGGAACUACAGGGACUCAAGGGGAGCUCUCCCCCUCUAUACAGUUACUCUUAAGGUUUCAAAGGUUGCUAGUCAGUCAACUGUUCCCUGUGGAGAGCAAUGUUAGUCCAAAGCACAUUAUGCAAGAGAGUGAGGUUGAGGGAGCAGGUUGGCUACUCAGGAAGUACUUGUCCCUGUUGGUGGGUCAUGUCUCUGAUACUCUCUCCAUUGCCACCUCCCUGGCCACCAUCAACACCCGCCUCACUGCUCUCACCUGUACCAUCCUGCAGAGAGACAUAACAGGUCUUCUGCUGAGUGAGCUCUUCAUUUCCCUGCUGGUGGUGUCAGUGCACAACCCCAAUGUCGUCCUGUCAUGUGACCUUAUCUCACCUCUGUUAAGUCUCUUGGAGCCUCUCGACCGCUUCAAUCAACUUGCUCCCGGGGCCGACAGAGAAGAUACAGAAGAUAUGGCUUGGCCGGGAAUAAUUGUGAACACCAUCAAACAGACUGAAGAAAUGCCAGUAAUUCGUAAAGCUGAUCUAGAGAACCACAACAAGGAUGGAGGUCUCUGGAUUGUAGUCAACGGGAAAGUGUACGAUGUUCAGGAAUUUAGAUCAACAGCUCCGUGUGGUAGUGAUAUCUUACAGUAUUAUGCUGGUCAGGAUGCCACUCAGGUCUGGGAAAUGGCUAAUCACUCAGCCCGGGCCAAGGAAAUGAUGGGUAGUUAUUUUGUCGGUAACUACAUGGACCCCGAGCUGGAGGUGGUUCAGGUUUUAGAUGCAAGUACCCUUUCCUCACCAUUGGUAGACACCGAGAGGGCUCUAGCAAUGUUGGUGGGAGUGUAUGCCAGCUGCCUUGCUCGUGGUCAGCCGGCAACACCUUGGGAACUUGGACACGAAAAGUGGAUAUCAGCUGAGUUCAUGAGGGCUGGGUGUCAGACAGUUCAGCCACCUGACCCAUAUGACGAGGAGAAGGGAGAAGCAAGAACUGGAUCCUCGGCCACCACUCCAGGUUCUGUCACAACUCCUGGAGAUGUAAGACUACCCCGUCCAGUUGAUCCUCUCUCACACAAGAAAUCAAGAACACAGGGACCAAAUUCAAGUCCUCAGGUGGAGAUUGAGUCAUACUUCUCAAAUAUGGCUGAUUAUUUCUUGUCGGCCUUGAUGGAAGGAAAAACACAGGAUCCGUACGUCCAGAUGUUUCUCUCGGUGAGUGAUCGGGAAAUACGUCACUUAGGACGGCACUCUCUGCACACCAAUUUUUCUCUGGAUCACCCAAUAGAAGAAGCUGGGCGUCUUAUGUCUGCAACUCUCCUGCGUCACACACAUCUCACACCUCAGCUAAUUGAGGUUCUUGAGCAAGGCCUGGCCCUGAGUGCAGAUGACAGCCAUGGUUGGGAAACAACCUUAGAGUUGCCUCGAGGCUUGCAGGAACUCAUCCGUCACGUCCACAACACAAAGUGGCUGUUAAUUAGAAGAAGACAAGAACUCACUCGAUCUUACAAGGAGGUGUGUGCCCCAGUGAUGGAAAGAUGCAGGUUUGUCUUUUAUGAAGUUCGCCCUGCCAGCUGUGGAGAGGUUGAGGCCUUAGAUAAGUUUGCUGUGCGUGGCAUGUCAAGGUGGAGAAAAGCUACUCAGUUACUUCGUCUGCGGUCCAAUGACACCACAGCCACAACUCAGGAGAAGGAUGAACCGCAGGGUUCCAAGGAAGCAAGUGGUUCCAUUGAAGAUAUCAGCAUCAGUACUGGCAGUAAUAGCAACAGCGAAGACAGAAUUAAUGGCCCUGGCGGCUGUGACGAUGUUAGAAGUGGGCUCUUGGACAAACAAGAGGAUUUGUGUAAGGACUUGACUGAACCCACCACCGACCUGAGUCACCUGUCUGAGGUCACCAUGGACGACAACAUGAAACUCGAUGGGGACAUGGACGCUCUAGAAAAGGAAUUGAAGAUUACUGCAGAUACUAAAAAACAGCAAGGUGAAGGGAAGAAGGCAUCUGUAAGUCUAAACCUGAAGAGAUCUCCAUCACCAUCAGGAGCCACACGCUCGCCCUCCAGACCCUCCUCCCUUCUGACACCAACUGCUCCACCUCCUACCGCAAAAAUUGUGGAAAUCGCAACAAAAGUCAUCGAAUUUGUUUGUUCCGAAGAAAGCAUUAAUAUUGAAGCCAUGCGCAAAGCUUUCUUCACCCAGAUGGAGAGAGCAGAGAUGCGAUUGCGUGGUAUUGAAAUGUUCCUUGGCUUAGUUCAGAAGAGCAACUUCUUGCCAUCUGUAAGGCUCACUGUCAUCAACGGAUGGCUCGGACUGUUGCCAUUUGCCCCCAAAAAUACCCUUGUUCUUCCGGACUGCCUGGAAAACAUUCCUCUAGUUCCUGUUUACCAACGGGCCAUGCUGAAAGCAUCAUGGGCUAAAGUGUGGGAAUGGUCUGUUGGUGAACUACGGGCUCAUGUGCUGAAAGCUGAGCAAUUCUGUGUUGCCGCCCAUUCAACAGGCAGGUUACUAAAGAGCAAAGACAACCCUACCUACAAAGACUCCAACAUCAGCUGUCGGGACCACAACAUUUUGGCUUCCAUGCCUCUUUCCAGGUUUGUUCUGGCUCUGGUGUGCUUAUCAACAAGAACACACAGUGGAGCUGACCUGAGUCUCCUUAUAUCAGGUGGUCUGCUGGCCUUGAUGCAGACGCUAUUAAGACUCAUUGGUCCAUCAUGUGCAUCAAGCAACAGGAGUGACGACAAGGAGGAGAUUGUGGCAAUAUUUGAAGAGGCAGCCAAGAAGCCUCGUGUACCGCCGCCUCCACUCUCUGGCCCAGAACUUGCAGCUAUGAUGAAGGUGGGGACGAGAGUGGUCCGUGGGAUAGACUGGAAGUGGGGUGAUCAGGACGGUCCAUUACCAGGUGAAGGAACUGUUAUCGGUGAGUUAGGGGAGGACGGCUGGAUUCGCGUCCAGUGGGACAACGGCUCGACCAAUUCAUACCGCAUGGGGAAGGAGGGCAAGUAUGACCUGAAGCUGGUCGACUCCCCCCUCCCACCAGCCCCGGAGAGUGACUCGGACACAGAGGAAGAGGAAGCAUUGUGGUCCAUGCGGAAUCUCCUCCAAACACUUCGGUCACGACAUAUCUCCGCACCUCCUGAGACAGAAUCAAGCUGUAUGAGGAAACAUCCCAUCUUGGUACUUCGAGAUUCUUGCUUGCAGUUGUUAAGAUCAAUCACCAUAUCAACCGGUUUGAGUGCUCACAGCAUGACCCCAGCGAGCGUUCGGACAGUUGCCGCUCUACUUCAUAGUAUUGUCCAGGCUGGUACAACUCAGUCAAAAGAACGUGAUCAUCUCCUGGAGGAACAACAUCGCUCGUGGUGCACCCUGGGUCUGGUGCGGUCCGUCAGCUGUUCUCCCUUAUUGUGUAGGAACUUGGCCACUCCUCCUUGGGUCAGCUUACUCCUUAACCUAGCACAAACUUUCUUGGGAGCAUCAUCUCUCUAUCGUCGGAUACUUGCUUUGCGGCUCUUGACCUCUGUGCUGCCUCACCGUAUUGACGACCUCGAGGAGAGACAACUGUUGCUCGACCGUAUAUUUUCACUACUGGGCAACACCAUCCUUACCUGUGCAAACGAUCCAGCUAUUAGUGCAACAAGCAAGAAGGUUCACGGUACCUGUGUGGCCAUAACGUCAACUCACUCGAGCACUGUUGUGGAAGCUGUAGUCUCCCUCGUCAGAACUCUUCAUGCUCUCCCGGUCUGGAACAAUGUUAUUAAUGAUGCAAUUAUUGAUCGUCUCGGCUUGGUGGUUCAAUUGUUGUCUGAUCUCUCACAGUUUCAGUUUAAGUUUGAUGAUUGUCGUCCCGGCAGCUUAGCAGGUCAGGCUACAGGCAUAGCAGCAUCACUGGCAAUAAUUGGUGGUGUUGAUGGUCGUCCCAGACUUGGGGGUGAUGUUAUCUUAGAGGAGGGGGCACUGGGUACAAUUGCUCGUAUUGGUCAACACAAAGUCUAUGUUCAGCCUCAUGAGGGCGGGAACCUCCUCAGAUUGAGUUUAUCGUCUGUGGUGCCAUCACCCACAAAACGUUUCACUAUCGAUCGACUUAGUGUAACAACAGCUUGUGUGCAAGUGUGGGUGUCCCUGGUGGCUCUUUCAGGAGACUAUUCAAGAAGUUUUCAUGUUAGCAGCCCUCUAGCUCUGUCCCCUACUCUAUUAAGAAUACAACAACUACGAAUGUUGGUGAUGAAUGCCUGCCGGGCACUCUUAAGUCAUCAGUCUCUUCUGCGGCUGGUCCUUCUACAACACACAGCUGACAUCAAUAACUCUACCAACAACCUCGAUUCAGUGGUCGAUGACACCAGCCAGAGUUCAGAGAUUCUUUUGAUCCAGAGGAUGAUCACGGCCUCAACCCCUCCAUCUCCAGUGAAGGCAACAUAUACAAGGGAACAGCUGGAGACUGCCGCCUUAGCUCUUUGUGAAAGCCUCACGGAAGAGAUAUCCCAGCCUUCACCAACCACCCCUUGCUCCAAUGACGACGUCUCUACACCUCUGAGUGAACAUUCUCUGGGUGGACCGCCUUCACCUGGGAUUCCAAGUGAUAAUCUGUUAACUCAGACUCGCCCAACUCGCCCGGCACAAACAACACGGGGGAAGAGAACGCGAAAUGCCUCGCCGUCUCCUUUGGUUAGACAGUUCAUGGAAAUGGGAUUCUCACGGAAAAGUGUUGAACAUGCCGUUAAAGCUUUAGGAGGUCUUGGCACAGAAAUAGCCCCAAGUCCUGAGUCACUGGUCGUGUGGCUUAUUGAACAUGCAGACAUUACCUUAUCUGACUCUGAUACUGCCCCAGAGGUUCUAGAUUCUGAUGCUGAUUCUCUGACAGAUGAAUUCAAUGAUGAUCCACCAGUAUUAGAGACCUCUCCUGUUGUUGAGGUGUAUCGCAAACGGGUGGAAUUUACAAGCAACGAUGAAUAUGCUGUGUACGUACGGGAUCAUAUAUCACCUGGUAUGACCGUGCAUUGCUGUCGCACAUAUGAAGAGGUUUAUGAGGGAGACAUCGGAAGAGUUGUUCGAGUGGACAGAGGCUCUUUGCAUAAUCUCAAUGUCCAGGUUGACUGGCAUCGAAAAGGAGGCACUUACUGGGUUCGAUAUAUCCACAUCGAGCUCUUGGACCAGUCACCACCACCCUUAGCUACCAAUGGUCCUAUUAGAGUUGGAGACAAAGUAAGAGUUAAAAGUUGUGUGGUUACUCCCAAGUACAAGUGGGGCUCUGUCAACCACCGCAACAUUGGUGUUGUUACAAGUGUGAGCAGUAAUGGACAAGACCUGAUGGUUGACUUCCCACAACAACCCAACUGGCAGGGCCUAGUGAGUGAAAUGGAAGUUGUACCAUCGUGUCACCUUGGUGUUACCUGUGACGGAUGUGGGGUCUCACCUGUUACAGGUGCAAGAUUAAAAUGUAAAGUGUGCGAUAACUUCGACUACUGUGAAGAGUGUUAUCAGACCAAGAGGAGUCAUCGUCAUCUCUUCAACAGGAUUGCCGAGCCAGGUAGUCCAGCAGUCUACGCGGGUCCUCCUGGCAGGGGUCGUUUCCGCAAGAAGGAAGGUAUCUUGGGAGGUAUUGAUGGCACGGUGGAAGACUGGUAUCGAUGUGUACGCAAUCUUAGUGUGUCUUCUCGAGAAAACUGGGCCCACAGGCUUAUUGAUGGCACUGGAAGCUAUUGGCAAAGUUGUGGACAGGAAGGGAAGCACUGGAUACGUUUAGAGAUGCAGCCCAAUAUUGCGGUCGAGUGGCUCCGAUUGCUUGUAGAUCCUGCAGACAGUUCCUACAUGCCAACACUCUUAGCGAUCAGCGGUGGUGACUCCCUAGCUAAGAUGCGGGAGCUAAACACUGUCAGAAUCACCCCAUCAGACACAUGGGUUACCUUACUUCGAAGUGUGAAAGAGUAUGUCAAAUACAUCGAAAUCAGCAUUAAGCAGUGCAAAAGUGGUGGUAUAGACUGCCGGGUCCAUGGUCUGGCAAUGAUGGGGAAGAUCGUGGAUGACUUUGGUGACCCAGCAUCAAGUGUUUCAUUCCUAGCCUCUGACAAUGAGGAUGUGGAGGAUGACAUUACUGAUAUGUCUAGAAAGAGUCUCACCUCAGUGAUAAGCUUUGAUGGAGAACCUAAGGUACUUGUCUGGGGCCUUAAUGACAAGGAUCAGCUUGGGGGUCUCAAGGGAUCAAAGGUCAAAAUGCCAGUACUGUCUGAAACACUAAGCAGCCUUCGCCCUCUCCAUGUUGCUGGUGGAUCCAAGUCCCUAUUCAUCGUUUCUCAGGAGGGCAAGGUGUAUGCAUGUGGAGAGGGCACAGGUGGAAGACUGGGGCUUGGUCAUUGUAGCAACAUUCCAGUUCCACGACAGAUAACAGCGCUUAGUCAGUAUGUGGUGAAGAAAGUUGCUGUCCACUCUGGUGGCCGACAUGCUAUGGCACUUACUGUAGAUGGCAAGGUCUUUUCUUGGGGUGAAGGAGAAGAUGGAAAACUAGGCCAUGGAAAUCGUUUAAGUUAUGACAAACCCAAACUUGUUGAAUCUUUGAAGUCAAAACGUAUCAGAGACAUUGCCUGUGGGAGUUCGCACAGCGCAGCUAUUACCUCCAGUGGUGAACUUUACUGCUGGGGCCUUGGAGAGUAUGGACGCCUGGGUCUUGGUGACACCACAACACAGCUCAAACCAAAGUUGGUGAAAGCUCUACUGGGUCAAAGAGUUGUACAGGUGGCUUGUGGCAGUCGUGAUGCACAAACACUUUCCCUAACCUCAGAAGGAAUGGUUUAUUCGUGGGGUGACGGCGACUUUGGAAAAUUAGGACGAGGAGGAUCAGAAGGAUGUGCACUGCCACAGAACAUUGAGAGACUGAACGGCCUUGGUGUGUGUCAGAUAGAGUGUGGUGCCCAGUUUUCUCUUACUCUUACAAAAAGUGGACAGGUGUGGACUUGGGGUAAGGGAGACUAUUUCCGAUUGGGCCACGGCACAGACCAGCACGUACGGCGACCGACGAUGGUGGAAGGACUUCGAGGCAAAAAAGUCAUUCAUGUAGCUGUUGGAGCUUUACAUUGUCUGGCUGUAACAGAGGCAGGACAGGUAUAUGCAUGGGGUGAUAAUGACCAUGGGCAGCAGGGUAAUGGCACAACUAUCGUCAAUCGCCGGCCUGCCCUGGUGUGUGGCUUGGAUGGAGUAAAAGUGGCGCGUGUUGCAUGUGGAUCUUCUCACAGUGUUGCAUGGAUGGCUCCUGACCCACCUCUACCAGCUGCCACCGAGCCUGUCAUGUUUACUACCACAAAGGAUCCUCUUGGGGCUUAUGCGUUAGGAGUAACAGACCCCCUUGGAGGAGACUCAAGUGCAAACUGUGGGUCAUCCAGUAAUGCAGGAGGGAUGCCGCUCAACCCCUCUCUGUCACGGGUGGUACUGACGCUUGAGUCAUCAGCUGCCAGGCAAGCAUCACUCCAACACAUCCUCAAUGCUCUUCAAGUGAUGUUUGCCAGGGAUUGUGUGAUUGCUGCUUUGGACUCAACAGUUUCAGCUUUAAGCCACACCAAGGAUAACUUUAUUAGUUGUGAACCUCUCCCCAAAAUUGGGGGACUUCCAACUCCAGAAUCCAUGACUGAUGCCAUAGCUGACUCAUCCUCUUCUUCACUCUCCAGUCCCAAUGGUGGGGAAAUAGCGGAGGGUGGUGGCGAGGCCCCUGCUUCUGCCUUGGAGGCUGCUGCAGUUCCUACAGCUUUGAGUUGUGGCACGAGUCCAGACAGUGAGGAGAGUGUGCUGCUUCAGUUGGCAUCAGUUCCCUCCACCGGGUCCUUGUCCUCGAGGGCAUCCCGUCUCUCACAUUCUGCGAUGAGCAUUCUGGCAGCUACACUCACAACAAAAGCUGAUGUGGUGUCGGAGGAAGUAGAUGCUCAUGAGGAUGAUAUUGGUUCUAAUGGACUGGAUGAGUUCACAAGGAAACUUACUGAAGAUGAUGCGCGAGUGCUGGUUGACCUUCUGAAGUUGGCUGUUGCUGGACGAGCUGGACCUCGAGCUGCUGCUGCCAUCACAAAAGUCUUGACAGGCUUGGCUCGGGAAAAUUCUGUCGUGGCGGGGAUGCUGACCGAGCUGUGUGUAACAGAGCUCGAAGAUGCGGCAUCUGAUACAGAAGCUAUGCGCUCAGUGCCUCAACCUGUCGUCCAAGAGAGCUCACAUCCAUACACAGAUGAUGUCACACUCACUGGGGUGGUCAAAAUUCCUGGUGCCGAAGCUUUGAGAGUUGAAUUUGAUCGUCAGUGUUCAACGGAGAGAAAACAUGAUCCCCUUACCAUCAUGGACGGGGCUAGCAAGAUCAUCUGUACUCGGUCAGGAAGGGAAUGGUCUGAUUGGUCAACUGAAGUUCGUAUUGCUGGUGACGAACUGAGGUGGAAGUUCACCAGUGAUGGCUCCGUAAAUGGCUGGGGUUGGCGCUUGACGGUUUUCCCCCUCAUGCCGUGUGCGACUCCACGAGACCUACACAGCGACCGUCGACUCCUGUCUCGCCCCUUAGUGGACCUUCCCAUGUGUCUUCUGGAUUCUCUCUUACCUUUAUGUACCCAGACUGCCAUUCUGUCACGUCUGGCUGCAUCUCUGGCCUUGUGUGCACAACUAUCAUCUCUAGCACCUUGUCAGCGCAUGUGGGGUCUCAAAACUCUUCGAAAGAUUGUCACCACUGACCUGGGAUCUGGCCUCAAUAUUCGAGCUCUUCUCUCAGCAUCAUAUUCCUCAAGCUCUACUCCUGCUCCAUCUCGACCCAUAUCUCCAGUCCCCCAGUCUUCAUCUGUUUCAAGUGUGCCGACCUCAGCUCCCCAGUCCCUUGCUCCUCCCGCUCCUCCUUCAUUACGUGGAAGUACAGAGAGCUUGGAGUCGUCCGGCAGUUUCGUAAAGCCAUCAGUAGAGGUUAAAACUUCCCCCGAGAUGCCACUUGUCAGUCUGCUGAAGGGGUUGCCAGAAGCUCUUCUCCGUCAGGCUGAAUAUGAAGAUCCUCUUGUUCGUGGAGGAAAACACCUGAUGCAUUCCCAGUUCUUCAAGGUACUUGUUGGACUUGCCUGUGACCUGGAGUUAGAUAAUGGUGUUGGUUCUGGUGAAGCACACAAGUGGGCUUGGUUUAGACGAUAUUGUGUUGCUUGCAGAGUCCUGAAAUCACUCAUUGAACGCACACCUCUGCCAUCUGGAUUUUGCACCGAUGUAAGAAAGAAACUGUGUGAGAUGCUUGGUGAAGGGGAAGUGUUGUCUCUUGAACAAGAAGAUCAGAAUCAGUUCCUACAUCAACAUGAUGAACAACUACUACUGUGGUUUAGCAGACGCCCUGAAGAUUGGACCCUAUCAUGGGGAGGAAGUGGCAGCAUCUAUGGGUGGGGACACAACCACCGUGGUCAGUUAGGUGGAGUUGAAGGUGCCAAAGUUAAGCUGCCAACUCCUUGUGAUACCUUGACAGCUCUGAGACCAGUACAGCUCAUUGGUGGAGAACAGACACUCUUUGCUGUUACUGCUGAUGGAAAGGUAUAUGCCACUGGAUAUGGAGCAGGGGGACGACUAGGUAUUGGUGGAGUAGAAUCGGUCUCGACCCCCACUCUUCUGGAGUCAAUCCAACACAUUGUUAUCCGGAAAGUGGCUGUCAACUCUGGUGGGAAGCACUGCCUUGCUCUUACUGCUGAUGGAGAUGUUUAUUCUUGGGGUGAAGGUGAUGACGGUAAACUAGGUCAUGGUAACAAGAGCCCCUAUGAUCGUCCUCGGCUAAUAGAGACACUACAAGGGAAAGGAGUGAUGGAAAUAGCAUGUGGUGGAGCUCACUCUGCUGCCAUCACAUCCUCGGGAGAACUGUACACAUGGGGUAAAGGUCGCUAUGGCAGACUCGGCCAUGGCGACUCUGAAGACCAGUUUAGACCAAAACUAGUGGAGGCUUUAGUUGGCUACAGAGUAGUAGAUGUGGCUUGUGGAUCUGGAGAUGCCCAGACCUUGUGCAUUACUGAUGAUGAUAAUGUAUGGUCAUGGGGCGAUGGUGACUAUGGGAAACUGGGUCGUGGCGGCUCAGAUGGAUGCAAGGUUCCGAUGAGGAUUGAUGGACUGGCAAGUCAGGGAAUUAUAAAGGUUGAGUGUGGAUCCCAGUUUUCUGUGGCUCUGGCUCGCUCAGGUACAGUGUACACCUGGGGCAAAGGUGAUUACCAUCGCUUGGGUCAUGGCACAGAUGAUCAUGUUAGACGACCUCGUAAGGUUACAGCCUUGCAGGGCAAGAAAGUCAUCAGUAUUGCGACAGGCUCACUUCACUGUGUGUGCUGUACAAGUGAGGGUGAAGUGUACACUUGGGGAGACAAUGAUGAGGGACAGUUAGGUGACAGUACCACAAACGCCAUCCAAAGACCACGAUUAGUUAUGGCAUUACAGGGUAAGAAAAUCAAUCGAGUGGCUUGUGGAUCAGCACACACUCUGGCGUGGAGCACCAGUCGGGCAGUGAGUACAGGACGCCUUCCAUCUGAGGUGCCCAUGGAAUAUGACUUGCUGAAGGAGAUCCCAUUACAUGCACUGAGGAACAGAUUGGUUCUUCUACAUCAUUUCUCUGAUCUGGUUUGUCAGAGUAUUUCAAUGUUUGACCUUUGUACAUCACCGGAAGAAGAAGGAGAUGAACCAAUGUUAGCCAGACUACGAGCUAUUGUUGUGUCCACAGCAAAGGAGACCGCAUUUAAGAAGGUUGUACAAGCCACGAUGGUGAGAGACCGCCAGCAUGGACCCAUUGUGGAACUAAACCGCAUCAGUGUUAAACGGUCGAGGUCCCGGGGAGGUUUGGCUGGUCCAGAUGGUAUGAAGUCUGUGUUUGGUCAGAUGGUGGCCAAGAUGUCACUUUUAACACCAGAUGCUCUGUUCCUGCCCCAUCGUGUGUGGAAAGUCAAGUUUGUGGGUGAGAGUGUUGAUGACUGUGGUGGUGGGUACAGUGAGAGUGUGGCAGAGAUGUGUGAUGAGCUUAUGAAUGGAUCAUUGCCACUCCUCAUCCCUACACCCAAUGGCAGAGAUGAAGCUGGAACUUCACGAGACUGCUUCCUUUUGAACCCACAGGCCAAUUCAUCUCACAACCUGAACAUGUUUACAUUCCUUGGUGUGUUGAUGGGGAUAGCCAUAAGGACAGGCAGUCCUUUAAGUCUCAACUUGGCUGAACCGGUGUGGAAGCAGCUGGCAGGGAUGUGUUUAACUCCAGCUGAUAUAACAGAGGUUGAUCGCCACUAUGUCCCGGGGCUGAUGUGUGUUCAGCAGAUGGAAGGUGAUGACAAGGACUUCUGCAGCAUGGCCUUACCUUUCACGACCACUUCAGCUGCCGGUCAUGAUGUGCAACUUUCUACUCGACACACAAGGAUUACAUUGUCCACUAGACAUGAAUAUGUUCGUCUGGCUCUCAAUUACCGAUUACAUGAAUUUGAUGCCCAAGUGUCAGCUGUGAGGGCAGGCAUGGCUAGGGUCAUUCCUGUGCCAUUGCUGUCACUGUUCACACCAUAUGAACUAGAGACAAUGGUGUGUGGCUCACCUGACAUUCCCUUAAAUCUCCUCAAGAGUGUUGCUACAUAUAAAGGUGUUGAUGGAACAGCACCUCUAGUCCUGUGGUUCUGGGAGGUAAUGGAAGAAUUCAGCACUGCAGAAAGAUCACUGUUUCUUCGUUUUGUAUGGGGUAGAACACGUUUGCCUCGAACUAUUGCUGAUUUCCGGGGACGAGAUUUUGUAUUCCAGGUUCUGGAUAAGUACACUCCACCAGAUCAUUUCCUGCCAGAAUCAUACACGUGUUUCUUCCUGUUGAAGAUGCCACGUUACUCCUGCAAGGCCGUUCUGCGAGAAAAAUUAAAAUAUGCAAUUUACUUCUGCAAAAGCAUCGAUACGGACGACUAUGCACGAGUGGCCAUGAUUGGUGCAGGAGGCGAAGACAACGUGUCAUCAGAAUCUGACACCGAUGACUGGGACUCCAUUGGUAGUGAUGAUCCUUUGGCAUGCGUGUCUAUAUCCUCUACAUGAUUGUGCGAUCAGCAUUGACACUUGAUCUGCACAUGAACAUUAUGUGAUAUUGGAAUUUCCAUGUGGUAAUAUAGGAGGAGGAGGAUACUUGUACUCUCUAAUGCAGUGAAAAAUGCUAUUAGUGUAAAAAGGUGACACCUCUCAUGUACAUGUGAAAAUUAAAUUAAUUUUUAUUAAUGAAGUGUAAUAUCUGAUAACUAAACAAUUACAAGUAAAGACAGUGCAAUUUACUUUGUUACACUUCUGGGUCUUCCCAUAAUGUCUUGUUUUAUCUGCCUCCAAGUUUUUCAAUGAGAUGAAUUUAGCUAGCUAUGCUGUGAAUGAAUUAAGUUUAACUAAUUUAUUUACUUCCACUCUAUGUAUUAACCUGCUGUCAUGCUAUUAUACAUCUUACAGAACCAAAUGGGCAAUGCUGGAGUUCUCUAGUUUGGGGGUACAAUAUAAACAAGCUUGUCGAGCAUUUUUACUUACUUUUAACGAUGUCAUGAAUCAACUGCAAGAAAAUUCAUCACACUUAGACUUCUAUUCUGUCUUAGCCAAGUUUUCAUCCAUUGAAUGCAGAACUAAGUUAAUCCAAAUUAUUUAAACUUGAUAAAAAAAAAAAUAAAGACCGUUUGUGUUCAAAAAGUUAUAAAACCAACAUUUGAGGCGCCCAGUGGAAAAGUGAUUUUUUUGACCAACCAAGGAAAAAUAAGACAUUUGUUUUAACCUGCUGCCAGAAGAACUUCUGUAAAACCAGAGACAUUUUAGAAGGUACUGUCACCUUCACUAGUACAUUUACAGGGGAUUGUCAGGUUUUGUGCAGUGUGACAGCGCUGUAUUUGUUUACAGGAAAUGCGCAAUGAAUCAAAAUAAACAAAUAUUUCAAAUAAUAUAUAAAUAUAAAGAUUUAUGUAAUGUUUAUAUGUUUAAUAAGAAAUGCAUUAAAUGGACUGUUAUUAAGAUGGGAUGUUUUGCCUAGUACAGUCAUGGUGUUUGUGAAUGAUGAACUAUUAACACUCAAUUGAGGCUUAAGUUUGUCUAUUAUUUUCCUCGUCUCCUAUAUUAUGCAGAUAACAUUCAUACUGUUCAUGUUAAACUUUGCCAAUGCAACAUUUCUUAUUCAUUAAUCACAGUCGACAAUGGGAGGUUUUCUUCUGAUCUAGCAUUUUGGUGUAAUCAUUGUAUCGUGGUGACCAAUGGCAUAUAUCACUGCAAUUAACUUCAAACCUCCUCUUGUUCACACUAUGGUCACAGUUUAACAUGAACAGUAUGAAUGUUAUCUGCAUAAUAUAGGAGACGAGGAAAUUAAUAGACAAACUUAAGCCUCAAUUGAGUGUUAAUAGUUCAUCAUUCACAAACACCAUGACUGUACUAGGCAAAACAUCCCAUCUUAAUAACAGUCCAUUUAAUGCAUUUCUUAUUAAACAUAUAAACAUUACAUAAAUCUUUACAUAUCUAUAUUUGUUUUAAUAUAUUUUUUACUUUGAUUCUAUAGUGUGUUUACUAUUGCGAGUUUCCUAUAAACAAAAACAGCGCUGCUACACUGCACAAAACCUGAUGAGCCCCUGGGUAAACACAUUAAUGAGGGAAACUGUACAUACAGUAUGUCAUAUGGGAUCGGUAAAAAUGCCUUGAAAAAUUAUAGGAUCAUUGCCCUAAUGUGUAGCACUAGCGUUACACGAUAGGUUAACCGGGUGGGGUAAUACUGGCUUAUCAACAAUGGAACAUAGCCACUCAGCGGCGAGCAGUGCCGUGACGGACAUACAGCCAAUGUGUGGCCUGUGAUGAAAGGGUCUGUGCAGUGGUAUGCAGAAAAAGUUAAGUUUUUGUUGUCUUCUCAUUAGCAAUCAUGGGUAAUCGAGGUAAUGUUUUCAUGACUCCUCUAAGUGGAAGAAAGAGGUACAGUACAUGUACUGAAGAAGAAAAGAAAUCAUGUUGAAGCAUAUGUAAGGAUGAUCAGCAAUAAAGAUGGAGAUUGGGCCUUCAGCAAUAAAGAUGGAGAUUGGGCCUCUCUCUAAGUGCGGCUGCCUAAUACGUACAGUAUACUGUACACCUAUCUUCGACUUGUAUUUCAUUAACGUGUUUAAUGACCAUUUAUUGCAGGUUUCAAGGUGACUUACUUCCUAAGUCAUACUCUAAUUUAUAACUACUGUACGUAUUGUGAUCUUGAUGACUUCAAAUUUCUUUACACAUUCAAAAAUUACAUUAAAUUUACUAUCAUUUGACACGUACAUUAUUAAAAUUGUGCGUUGGGUUAUGGUGAUGUGCUAAAAGUAGUAUAAGUCAACUUUAACUGCAAUUAUCUCUGCUCACGGUUUUGGCGCAUAUGUCACUCUUCUACCGCUUGCCUCAUUUCCCCAAGGUAUAUGACUCAUGCCAAGACAACUUUUAGAAUAAUAUGAUUAAUAAUGAAUUUUUGUAAUAAAAAAAUUAUUUCUAAUGCAAAAAAAUGUUUUUGUAAUACAAUGAGCCUCCUAAUAAUAUUGCCUCAGAAUUUUGAUGUAUGGAAUACUGAAUACGAAAAUAUUCUAAAAUUGUAAACAAGUUCACAUGGCUUGACAAAUUCUUUAAAUAAUUUUGAAGUGCAUUUCACAGAUUCCUAUUCAACCCCUGAGAGUAGAUAUGAAACAUUUUCAUCAAAUUAAGGAACACAAUAAUAUAAGACCAGUUGCAAACACUUGAUUUAAAAGACCAUUUUGCAUUUGUAUAUAAUGAAAUUUACUCUUUUAAAUAAAAAAUCAUGAACA